CAAAUUUUUUUACCUAUUUCUUGUUUCUCAGGUCGUUCUUACACUCAUUGCGUACAAUGUAAUUAAUUAGUUUAGAGAUCCAGUGCAGUACGAGCGCAGGCCCAGCGAAGAGCUUUAAAAAACCCAGACUCCAUAAAAGAGGGGUACCAUCUACGGGAGCGGUGAUCAUGGGAGUGGUCUGAAUCAGAGUGGUACGGCUUUGCCUCAACAGGAGAUAAGUAGUCAGUCAAACAUUUGGAGAUGAAUUUCAGAUUGCAGAUACUUGCUCAGAUUGCAGCUCUAUUUUUGCUCCUACACACGUGUACAGUUGAGGCAUCAGGAGUACCUGGAUUCAGAUGCCUCUGUCCCGUAUCUGUUAAAGCUGUACAUCCAAAGAUCAUCAAGGACUUCAACAUAAUUCCAAAGUCAACUUACUGCACCAACACUGAAGUUAUAUUAAGGGUGAGUUACAAGAACACAGAAAUGGAUGUCUGUGUGCAGGCUGGUGGGAAGCAAAGUGUCCGGCUGCAGAGCUGUUGGGAAAGAAUUCAGAAUGAUCCAAAGAAGAAGAACAAGUGUAUUCGGAGACUAUCAGGAAAGGGUCGAAAGGGGCGGAGGGGGAGGAAGGGACGCAGAAGCAGAACGAUGCAGCCGACGCACAAGCCAGUUUAACUCACUUUUCCAUCACGUGAAUUGCUCCCCUCCAAUAUGUGUGAUGGGGUGUUCAUGCAAGAAGGCCUUCCUACUCCUUACUGCACUCAUAAUGCUCGCUUUAGCAGUGAAAACAGCAUUAGCCUUUGAUAACUAAACCAUUCAUAUCCACUUGGCUCCACAUUAGCUUUAGAAAAGAGUCUAUGAAGCUAACCAAGAUGGAAACCAACCUUCACCUUGGUGAAUGAGAGAGUGUGUACAAACUAACCACCAGUCUGAAUCCAAACAGGUAAAAUAUUUUAGACGAGAGAUCCUGCAGAUUCUGGAAAUCUUGAGCAAAACACAAAAGUACCGAAGGAACUCAGCAGCUCAGGCAACACCUAUUGAAAGGAAUAAACAGUUGACUUUCUGGCCAAGAUCCUCCGUUGGAUCCUGAUAAAGAGUCUCGAUCCAAAAUGUCAACAGUUUAUUCAUUUCCACAGACGCUGCCUGACCUGCUGAUUUCUUCCAGCAUUUUGAGUGUGUUCCUCAAAAUAUUUUAAGACAUGAUUCUUGAGGAAACAAUGUGUGUGAUGGAACUGUGGUAUUGCUCACACCAUUUUUAGAUUGUACGCAUAGACAAACAGAAUUAGAACAGAUAAAAUAAACUCUUAUUCACCUUUGUCUACAGUUCUCACUGUAUCGAAAAAGCAGCCAGUAUAAUCAAAGUCCCUACUUAGUCCAGGCAUUCUCCCUCCUGACUUGGAUUGCUGGCUGACCUGUUCUCAACACCACUCUGAAAUGGCUACCAAACAGGCAUUUGCAGUGGUUGUCUCCAAACUUCUCUAUGUCAUGAAGAACAACAGGCCAAAGAAUUAUGGUGAAGUCUGUCAACUACAGCAAUCAAACACCACAGAGACCGGCUCUGCAGAGUUCUAUCACCUGUAGCCACGAAUGGAUCAUAUAAUGCAACACACAAAUACUCAGCCAAACCCAUACAAUUACGAAGGGUCUCGGCCUGAAACGUCGACUGCGCCUCUUCCUAUAGAUGCUGCCUGGCCUGCUGCGUUCACCAGCAACUUUGAUGUGUGUUGCUUGAAUUUCCAGCAUCUGCAGAAUUCCUGUUGUUUGCAAUUACACAAUAUUCAUCUUUCAUAGCCAUUUUGUUUCACAAGUCUGAUGCUUUUGUAAUAUGAAAUUAUAAUUUGUUUAAUAAAUAACUGAUUCAAAGAAAUAUGCAACUGCUUUUGAUGUAUUAGAUUAAAAGUAAAUUAAAUUAGUUUAUGGUCAUGAUACAUACCUGUAAGGUUGUAAAGAAUGUUUGUCAU